CUCUGUAAUAGCAAGUGCAGCCAGAGCCGCCGGCAGAGACCCCAGCCUCUCCUCAGCCACUGAGGCACCACAUGAAAGCUGGGGGUUAUUGCACCAUGUGCUUUGAUGGCCCUGGCAGUCUUCAGCCAGACAGGAGGUUUGGCAGAUGCAGAGGAGGCUAGCAGGAGGCUCCUGUGCUCGGCUUGGAAACAGGACUUGCUCCCAAAUGUCCAGCCCUGGGGAGAAGGGGGGUGGUGGUGCAGAGGGGUCUGUGAGUACUGAAUGGGAGGUUAAACGUGAAGCCAUCUCUGCAGGGGACACACACUCCAGGGAUGGUCUCCUGAAAGUGGCCACUGCUUUUUCUUCCCACCACUUUGCUUGGAAGCUUUAGGGUGCUAAGAGGGAAAGACGUGAGUAUAUCUGAGGACAGUCAGCACUCCCAGGUAACCAAUGCGCAGCAGGCAGCCAGUCUCCCAACCACAGCCCUUCCACCAGCCACUUCCCCACCCCCCUUUGCUCUGUACUUGAUAUCCAUGUGUUCAAAGGCCACAGGGCCAGGUGACCUCACCCUUGGCCCCCAGCCAUUGCCCGGCCCAGCUGCUCUGGCAACUUGGGGCCUGUUGAGGGGCUUCAGCCCAUGUGUAGCUGUAUUGUCUGAUCACUCAUCCUUCAUCUCUGAGCUCCUCGGGGAUGGGGAAGUAGGACUUCGCUUUGUCUGGAAAUGCAGAUAUGGUUGUGGUAGUCAGUGGUGCUUGCUCUUGGCUGUUCCACUGCCAGCACAGGGCACUUUGGUUUGAGGAAGGGGGGUGUGUGUGGGUUGUCACACGGGUGCUUUUGAGUGUGAAAGGGGCACGAUGGUGAGGAUGCUGAGCGGCCAGGGCAGUGGUCACCGAUUCAAAGCAGAAUAGAGCUUCACAGAGCCCUGCCAUUUAGGAAUGAAUGGAUUUGCUUCCUCUGACUCCCGACAUGCCUGGGACCUGGUUUUGGACAGCGGCAGAUCCCCGCACGAGCCAUUGCUUCUUCCCUUUCGCAGGUUUCCCAGUCCUUUCUCCUUGAGGGUUGUCUACACUGCCCUGUCAGCUGAGUUUUCUCAGCACCCUGUCUAUGCUAGUGCAGCGUGUCUGUACAGAGAAGGCACCCAGUGAGCCCCACCACUAGCCUAUGAUCACAGAACUAACUGGGGGAAACUUGGUGAAGCCUGGAAAUCCUCAGGCUUGGGUUUUCAGGGCUAAGCCGGCCCAUCAAGGACUUCUUCAGAAUGAAUAACAACAGCGGGGAAACUAAGCUGAAAAGCCUUGCCUGCAGUGUGGGGAAGGCUCCUGAGGUGCCUGAGGAGGAGCGUGCACUGUCUGGCACCUCACUUGGCAGCCUUUGUGCUUUGGAGACUCGAUGGGAAGUGAAGGGCUCUGCAGGCUGGCCACCCUCCCUCACCCCUGCAGUUGUGCAUUGUCUUCACGUGCAAGUGUGCAGUGCACAGCUCAGCCAGCUCUGUGUGGCCUUUGUGCCUUAGAACUUGGGAUCAGGCUGCCCCACAUGUGGACAGGGCUCACCAACAAAGCCGAAGUUAGGGAUCAUGCCUGGUCAUGGGUAUCCUUAGGCUUCCUUUCUGCCCGCUACCUGACACCUUGCCUAUCCAGAAAAACUGAGGAACAGGGCAAAGCUUAGAAGGAGCACUGCUUUGACUCCUUACUGGCUUUGACCCUAGCCCAAUAGCCUUACCAGUAGUGGCACUCUGAGCUGCCUUUCCCUAGAAUCUGAACCAAAUUAUGUGGGGAUCACACUCAGGCCUCAGCUUUCUUAGGGGUUUUCUAGAUUUUCAGUUACGGCCCUCUUGCUUUAUGUGUCAUGUAAAGUAUCCUGCCAGCAGGCAGGUUCUUCAGCUCAACUCUGCCCAUCUUUUUCAUCCUGUGGCUAGUCCAGGGUUGAGGGAGCAGUCAUGUUUCUGAAAUGCUCCUACCACCUAACCCCAUUCUGGCUGUGUUUUCACAGCUCCUCUUGAGUGUCUAGUGGGGAGAAAAGAAGUGGUCUGGUCAUCGCUUUCGCUCCUCCUGUGUCUUGGCACUGUUUUCUGGGACACUCCGCAGGCUUGCUGGACUUAUUUCAUGGGGACUUGGUGCUAGAAGGAGAGAAGGGAGCCAGUCCUUGAACAGCUACUGAGUCUUCCCACAUGCAUCUGGAAGGCUGACCCUAGGAAACUACAAGUGAAGGACGAGAGCAGGACUUGGAGGGAUUCCAUGACACACACUCGGAGGAAGUCCCUUCCUAUGCUGAGUUCCGGCCCCACUGGCCGAGGGGAGCCCCUGCAGAUGGAAGACAGCAAUGUGGAGCAGGGGGCCGAGGACGUGGAGCCAGGCAUGCCUGAGAGCCCUGGACACCUUACAGGACGCCGCAAGAACUACCCUUUGCGCAAACGUUCACUGGUUCCAGAGAAGCCCAAAGCUUGCAAAGUGCUGCUGACUCGCCUGGAAAAUGUGGCUGGUCCGCGAAGUGCAGAUGAGGCUGACGAGCUGCCCCCUGACCUGCCCAAAGCCCCUAGUCCAACCCCAUCCAGUGAGGAUGCUGGUCUUGUGCAGCCCCGCAAGCGGCGCCUAGCCUCCCUUAACGCAGAGGCCCUUAAUAACCUGCUGCUGGAGAGGGAGGACACCAGCAGCCUGGCAGGUGCCCGCCGAAGCAGAGGUGGGGACCCUCACCGCAGCCGGGACCGGGCCACAGGGUCCUGGUCUUUCUCUAAGAAGCGACCUCGGCUGGGAGAUCUUGGAGAAGGAAGUAGGGACCUGUCCCCAGAGCUCGCCCCAGAUGAAGGUGCCCGUAGAGAUGGAGACCCAGCUCCUAAGAGACUGGCUAGCCUAAAUGCCGCUGCCUUCUUAAAACUCAGCCAGGAGCGGGAGCUACCUCUUCGACCUUCUCGUGCCCAAGCAGAAGCAGAUGGGCGCUCCACUGAGCCCCUGGCGCCCAAAGUCCUGCGGCCGAAGGUCAAUGGCAAGAACUGUCCCAAGGUUCGGCAAGGGGCUGGCUCCGGGGAGGCCACGGGGCCCCCCAACUGGCAGGAGCAACCUGAGGAGCGUUGGCCAUCUGCUCCUCCUCGAGGGCCACCCAUCCAGCCAUCUCACCAGGCCCCGGGCAAAGCUCUGGAGAACCCCUUGCGCCCCAACCUGCCUCUGCUGAUGGGUGGGCAGGCAGCCCUGAAGCCGGAGCCUGGGCGUCCGGGCGAGGAGUCACCUGCCCCCAAGCAGGAACUGCAUCAGCCCUCUUUCCCUGCACCUCAGCUGGCUCCGCUGCCGAUGCCUGGCAACCCAGCCGACUACAGUGGUCCAUGUGGAGGGCCUGAGCUCACUGCACUGGGCGGCUUCUACCUGUACUGUGGCCAAGAUGGGCUGCAAUGUGGGAGUUACUCCCCUUGUCCCAUGCUCCCAGAAGGCAAGCUGUCUCCGGUGGCAGCCCCCAAUGAGGGGCUGCUCAUGGCCCCAAGCUCAGUGCCCUCUGGCGUUCCUUUCCAGCACCCUCCUUGGAGCGCAUCUCGAUACUGCUCCAGCGAGGACACUGGAGCAAAUGGCUACAGCAUCUGUGGAGUGUUGCCUCUGUCUCUCACUCAUAUUGGCACUACCUGUGGUGGCUGCCCCUACAAAAUGCCUUUCACUGCAGAAGGCUGCAGGUCGCUCGGCCAAUUGGAAUUUCCUCUCCCAGAAGCUGGCCACCCAGCCUCACCUGCUCACCCCCUCCUGGGAUGCCCUGUACCCAGUGUGCCACCUGCAGCAGAGCCUAUUCCCCAUCUUCAAACGCCCAUCUCGGAGCCCCAGACAGUAGCCCGGGCGUGCCCUCAGAGCGCCAAGCCUCCAAGCGGCUCCAAGUCAGGUCUGCGCACAGGCUCCAGCUGUCGGCAUACUGUGAGGAGCAAGGCUGCCCGCAGGCCCAGCCACCCCAAGCAGCCACGUGCCCAGCGCCCACGUCCUCGCCGCCGCCGGCGCCGCCGUACUAAUGGCUGGGUGCCUGUAGGUGCUGCCUGCGAGAAGGCAGUGUAUGUCCUGGAUGAGCCAGAACCUGCCAUCAGAAAGAGUUACCAGGCAGUUGAGCGACAUGGAGAGACAAUCCGAGUCCGAGACACUGUCCUCCUCAAGUCAGGUCCAAGAAAGACGUCUACACCUUAUGUGGCCAAGAUCUCUGCCCUCUGGGAGAACCCUGAGUCAGGAGAACUGAUGAUGAGCCUCCUGUGGUAUUACAGGCCUGAGCACUUACAGGGAGGCCGCAGCCCCAGCAUGCAUGAGCCUUUGCAGAAUGAAGUUUUUGCGUCGAGACAUCAGGACCAGAACAGUGUGGCCUGCAUUGAAGAGAAGUGCUAUGUGCUAACCUUUGCUGAGUACUGCAGAUUCUGUGCCAUGGCCAAGCGCCGGGGUGAGGGCCUUCCCAGCCGGAAGACAGCACUGGUGCCCCCGUCUGCAGACUACUCCACCCCACCACACCGCACAGUGCCAGAGGACACAGACCCAGAGCUGGUGUUCCUUUGCCGCCAUGUCUAUGACUUCCGCCAUGGCCGCAUCCUCAAGAACCCCCAGUAGCCUCUUCAUGCUCAUAGUGGGGCUGCCUUCGGGAAGAUGGGGCCUGGGGCAGGGGGGCACUGCUUGAAGCACAGCACUUGGUUAAGGGGCCAUGGGUUGCUGGCCUGUGGUUCUCUCUGGGGGGAGGGAGGGCAGGGGCCCUAUGGAUUCAGGGCCCCUUGGGAGAAAGGGAGGCCAGGAUAUGAGAAAGGUAUCUAAACCCUCAGUUUGGCCUGGGGUGCCCAUCUGUGCACUCCAGGGUAGAGAAUCCCGAAGAUUUGGUCUUCCCUGAGGUUGGGUCAAGCCUGAGGGACAUGGCCAAGGAAGGGCAGGGACAAGUAGAAGGGGUAAGGUCCUUCCAGAACCAGGCCUACCAGGCCCUUUUCUAGCCUCCCUCAGGCCUUCCAAGGGGAGCAGGAGCCAGCUUUACCUCACCCACUGUGACCUGCUGCUUCCUUGUCAGCCUGGGACCAGACUCUGCAGAUUCUAGCACAGCUCUGGCUUGUUCCAGUGAGUCAAGAGAGCCGAGCUUUGACUUCCUCUUCCUGGACUCGAGGCUUUUCCCUGGCUUUCUUCCUUUACCACCGCAGUAGCCACUGGUGCUGGCACAAGUUGACCCUGCCCACCCCUGGGUGUCAGCCUCAUGUCAGCUCGCCAUUAAGGGUCACCCAGCAGGUCUGGCUUCCCAGAAUACUGGUCAGCCCGGAGUUCAUCAUGUCUGGAAGAGCAGAUGCGUGCUGGGAGAGGGUGGGGGCAGGGGACAAGGAAAAUUGCUACCUGAUUUGUUGAAGAUUUCUCCUCUUGCCUUAUACUUGGAGGUUCUGGGAAACCUCUUGCAGAACUUCACACGUGACUCUUCAAGCCACACCCACCUGAAGUCAAACCAAAGGAGUGUUGUGGCUCCUCUUGCCCUGCCACCCCUUACCCUAGUCUUUUGUAGAUUGCACUAAUUUACAUCCCAGUGAAAACCAACACUGUAUCAGUCCACAGACCUGAGCUGCAGCCACUUCCUCUAGGAGCUAGGCCCUGCAUUUUUCAGUUCAUUCCUGUUGCCCAGAGAUUAUUCUAGCCUCAUGCUCCCCACAAGUGAUUGAUUCAUCAGAAGGCUCAGUGCCCUGUGGUCCUGGGCUGAGGGGCUGAAGCCUGACUAUUUGUACCUUGUUUGUACCAAAGAGGAGCAUGGGAUCAGGGAAGGUGCAGUGCAGGGAAGUGUGGUUUGGGCCCAGCGCUGGCCACCUGUCACCCAGGCAAUUCUACAAGGGCGUGUUCUGGGGGCAUCAUUCUGAGGACAUGGCACUGGGGUAAGGAUAGUCUGACACAGGCUACUUUGGGAGGUGGAAGUGAACCCUGACAGCAAAGACCUAGCAACCCCAGGUCCAGACCCUGAUCCUUAGAAGAUAAACUGCUCCUGGUGGGUAAUUGGGCUGAUGAGGCCUGCAGGCCUCACGGGUUAAUUUCUUUUGUUUUGAAAGCCCUGUCCCAAACCCAAAGGGAAGACUUCACAUUGAAUAAGCUCUUUGGAGGAAGCCAUCAGUCUGAAAGAGCGAGGCGUAAGUAAGUUGUCAAGAGUGGAGAUGGACCCCUUUGGAGUCUGCUCCUGCUAGAGUGCUGCCAAGGAGCCCAGCCUCGCCCACAGGAGAGGAGAUAAGGCCCUCCUAGGAGGCAAGGGCUGCUGCCCAGAUGUUAAAUGCUUUUGGAAUCUCUUUAGAUGUGGAAAUAUUUUUUCGAACAUGAAAAUGCAGCUGGUAGAAUUUCAAUGGAAGUAUAAUCCAUGUAAAAUAUAUUUUAGUUGAUAUUUUGUAAAAUGCACUUUUUGUGUGUGUCGAUCCUGGUUUCCCAGAUCUGUAUUUCAGUGUUUACAAGGGAGGGGCACCUUUCCUAACCUCCCUUUUGACAGAGAUUAGAAGUACUUCUUUAAGAAAAAUAAAUAAAUUUGAGAAAUUGUAUUGAUUUAGAAAAGAA